AUGGAUUCGUCUCCUCCACCGCCGGGACCAGUACAGGAAUCAACUCCAUUAUCAGACUCAGAAAAGAUACGUUUAAAACGUCUUGCAAAAUUGCAACAAAGUUCAAAUAAUUCAGGUGAAUCUCCCCAGCCUACUGCAUCGUCCUCUAAAACAGUGCCUGCGCGGACAAGUACUUUAUCAAAGACGCCUAUCCAAGAAAAACCUGCCUCACCGAUCAAAAAAUCUUCGCUACCUGUUAAUAAAGAACCUCCUGAGAGGACUACUCCUAAAAUUUCACCACCAAUUAAAUCCUUUGAAGACUGGCAAAAUGAUACUAUCACUAAAGUUCUUCAAAUUACCCUUGAUCAAUCGGUCGCCGAAAGAAGUGGAAAUCGAUUGAUUUAUCUCGAUUCUGUUGUGAAAACGUUAAUGGAAGAGAACCCUGGAGUGUUCUCUUUUAAAUUGUCAAAAUCGGUUCUUGAUAGCGCUCUUUUUGCUCGACUGUCUUUUGAUCCUAAUCAAAUGAGUGAUGGUAUUGAGGCUCCUAAAAUUCCCUUAUUCGAUUAUCUGCUUGACAGCUGGAAAAGAGCUUCUGAAAUUAAAAGAUCAACACGUAGUUCUAAAAAUUUAGAACAAUCAGUUAUCAAUGAACGUGUCGGUGUCAUAGAUACGCUUAAAGAGCUUAUAAUUAACUACAUACAAUAUGUGCUUCUGUAUCCCGAUGAUCUUCCACAAAUAAGGGGUUCUACUGAGCUUGGCCCUAGUCAAUUUGUAUCAAGAUUAUUAGCAGAAUUUGAUUCUCCAGAAGGAUUACCUCUAGAUUUUAUUAAAGAAUUAGUAUAUAAAGUCGAUGAUGAAGGAUUCGAAAAGAUGUUUGUUCCAGUAUUAAUGGGAUAUGAUGCCCAAAUAAGAACAAAAAACAUAUUAAACAUGGAUUAUAUACUGCCACUUAAUUCGGUAGUAACUCUGUCGGAAAUAAAACCAUUGGCCGAGAAGAUGACGACAUUACGCAAUUGGUGUUCUCCAAAUAAUUCUGCAAGAAUGUUUGAAGUCGGUACAUUUUUGGGUCCUUUUUGUAAAUUUUCCGCUUUUCCGACCGAUGAGCCAAAGAUUGCUGAAAGUUAUUUUGGUAACCUCCAUACAAGACGGCAAGCUGAUGUUGAGUCAGCGAUGACGAGCAUACGAGUUGCUAUACGUGGGGUGCAGCAAUCUAUUUUCAAGAUCUUUAAUAAUAUUGUUCGUUCCUCGCCAUCAGCUCGAGAGGCUGUACUUGGUUAUUUUGCUGAGGUUAUUAAAUUAAACGAGCGAAGGGUUCAGAUACAGGUUGACCCAUUACAAGUUGGAACUGAUGGAUUUUUAAUGAAUUUAACGAGUGUAUUAUUGCAUUUUGCAGAUCCCAUUAUGGAUAUACUAAAUCCAAAGAUUGAUCGCAUAGAUGUCGACUAUUUUCGUAAAUCUAAUCGAAUUGAUAUUAGCCGGGAGACUAAAAUUAAGGCUACUAAACAAGAAGCAGAUGCGUACUUUUCGAUAGUAGAUGAAAGCGCAUCUGCUCCAAAUUUUGUAUCUGAAAUAUUUUUCCUUACAAUUACAAUGCAUCAUUAUGGUCCAUUACAUUGCUAUGAAAAAUAUAAUACUUUCAUCAGAGAUAUAUCAGAGCUUCAAAAACAAUAUGACCGAAUGAGAGCUGAUCAACCUAAUUGGGCGGGGACACCGAUAGCUGCAAGAAAUGAGGAGCUAUUGGCACAUUGUAAAACGCAGCUUGAAAAAUUUACAUCACACAAAAUAGCAUACGAAACUCAACUCUUGGAUCAAGUUUAUUUGGAUCAUUCACUUAAAUUUUAUAAUCUAGUGAUGAAUUGGAUGCUGAGAAUCGUUGAUCCAACCGGACAACAUCCGGAAAAACAAAUACAGUUACCACUUCCUUUAACACCGCCUGAUACGUUCGCUAUGUUGCCUGAGCAUAUUUUUGAAGAUGUGACAGAAUUAUUCCUGUUUGUCGCAAAGUAUACCCCAAGAUCGUGUGUUUCUUCUCGAGAUGUGUUGAUAGUUUUCAUUAUCACUUUUCUCAAAUCUUCUUCUUAUAUUAAGAAACCAUAUUUGAAAGCCAAAUUAAUAGAAAUUUUGUUCUAUUUUACAUUCCGAAAUGAUCGUGAAGGUGGUAUAGUAGAUUUAUUGAAUUCACAUCCUCUUGCCUUGAACCAUUUGUUACCAGCUCUGAUGUCUUUUUAUGUCGAGGUGGAACAAACUGGUGCACAUACGCAAUUCUAUGACAAAUUUAAUAUUCGAUAUAAUAUUUCACAAAUAUUCAAGGAGAUAUGGGGUAACCAUUUACAUAAAGAAAAAUUAAGAGAAGAAAGUCGGAAUAUCGAUUCUUUUGUCCGAUUUGCAAAUUUGUUGAUGAAUGACGUUACCUAUUUAUUAGAUGAAAGCUUAAGGAAGCUUGCAGAAAUUCAUUCUAUACAAAAUGAAAUGGAUAAUAGGGAAGAAUGGGAAAAUAAACCACAGCAAUAUCGCCAAGAGCGCGAAAGCACACUCCGUACUGAUGAACGAUCAGCAACCUCUUACAUGUCACUUGGAAAUGAAACAGUAAAUAUGUUGGUAUAUAUGACAGCUGAAGUCGCGGAUCCAUUUCUUACACCUCAGAUGGUUGAUCGAUUGGCAGCAAUGUUGGAUUAUAAUUUAAAAUCAUUAGUUGGGCCAAAAUGUACAGAACUUAAAGUUAGAAAUCCAGAAACAUAUAGUUUUAAACCUAGAGACUUAUUGUCGCAAUUGGUUAAUAUUUAUUUGAACUUAUGUAAAUAUAAAGAAUUUGUAAAAGCAGUCGCAAUGGAUCGUCGAAGUUACGAUAAAGCGUAUUUUUCAAAAGCAGCUAGUAUUUUAUUGAAAUAUAGAUUAAAUUCAGAAAAGAAUGUCAGGGAGUUGGAGAAAUUUGUUAAUGAAGUGGAAGAAACAAUUAAAUUGGAAAAUGAAGGAGAGGAGGAGUUGGGUGAUAUUCCGGAUGAAUUUUUGGAUCCACUUUUAAUCACUAUUAUGGAAGAUCCCGUAAUCUUACCCGGAUCAAAAGUAAGCGUCGAUCGAAGUACUAUCACAACACACUUAUUAAGUGAUUCAACAGAUCCUUUUAAUCGUAUGCCAUUGACAAUUGAUCAAGUUAUACCAAAUAUUGAAUUAAAGAAACGAAUAGAUGAUUUUUUGCGGGAAAAACGGCGAAAAUAA